GAAUAGAACUAAAAAAUUAAUUGCAUAAAUCAAACCACAAAACAAUGGUAGAUGCAGCCAGGCAGAUGUUGGACGAGUUAAUGGGAAGGAACAGAAAUUUGCACCCAUCAGAGGCUCCGAAGGCAGUCAACUGGGAGGAUCCUGAUCUUUGUCAGUAUUUUUUGGUGAAAUUUUGCCCGCACGAGCUAUUUGUUAAUACUAGAGCCGAUUUAGGUCCAUGCGAUCGCAUUCACGACGAGGAAGCUAAACGCCAGUACGAAAAAGCUAAGCCUUCCAUUAUCAAAAAACAGUACGAAGAUGAGUUUCUAUAUUUCUGCAAUUCAAUGCUCAACGACGUGGACCGUAAAAUACUGAAAGGUAAACAGCGUUUGGCAUUAAUACAGAAAGAUCACGGACCUUCGUCUCACUAUUCUCGAUAUCGUGAACAGCUGAAUAAUUUAAAUGCCCGAAUAAAAAAACUUCUUGCGGAAGCAGAGGAGGCAGGCACGAGAGGUGACGUUGAUCAGGCGAAGGAUUUAAUGAUAUUGUGUGAACAGUUGAAAGACGAAAGAGACCAAUUGAUGUCACAACAGGAGAAUAGCGAAAAGGAAGACAAGUCCGAGACAUCGGAAUCGGACCCAAACAAGGCAUCUUCUCAAUCGCCUCCCAGGGAUUUGAAUGGCACAGAUAAAUGUGCGACCACUGAUGCCCACAGUGCAAUUGACGACGAGUCAUCAUCGAAUGCUGCUAGUCAGAAUAAUUUGAGAGCAUGGAUUAAAGAUAUAGGCCAUUUGCCUGAAAAACAAAUGGAAGUGUGCGAAGUGUGUGGUGCCUUUCUGAUUGUAGGAGAUGCUCAGCAACGGAUUGAAGAUCACCUAAUGGGAAAACAACAUCUUGGAUAUUCCAAACUGCGGAAGGCCGUCGAAGAAAUUCAUUUAAAGCGGCAAAUGGAACGGGCUGCUGAUGAUGAUCGUAGAAUACGCGAUGAACGUUCCCAUUCUUAUCGUGGAUUCGAUAGCGAUAAAAGACGAGAGCGUGAUGUAGAUCGGGAACGUGAUUUCAAUCGCGGUAGUCGACGACAAAGCGAUCGCCAUCGACUGAGUGUAACGCCGUGUUCCUAG